UGUUUUUGAAAGAAUUGCUUAUGAAUAAUGUUCCACGACCGGUAUAUAUUUUUAGAGGACAUGAAGCACAAAUUAGUUACGUUUAUUUUUUUAAAAAGAAUGAAAAUCUUGCAACUUGUGAUGCUGAUGGCUGGGUCAUAAUUUGGAAUAUUUUUACUUUUAGAUCAACUAUAGUUUGGAAAGCACACUUGGAAUCGAUACUUACCUGUUAUGAUUGGACUGAUACAUAUUUUAUUACUCAUGGAAGAGAUAAUAAGAUAUAUGUAUGGCAACUUGAAUUCGAAACUAAAAAAGACUUAGAGGUGUACCUUCCGGUUGAUCAAAAAAAGGAAUGUCAGAAGAAACCAUGGAUGCUUUAUAGUCUUAAUGUUCAAACUUUAAAUUACUGCUCUUUUGCAGUUUGUAAUAAAGAUAAAUUAGAGAAUGAUAUUUUUUUGGCUGUUCCUAGUUCAAUAAAAGCUGAAUUGAUUGAUAUUUAUGAUUUGCCAAAUUGUCAGUUACUAUAUUCAGGAAUAGGUUCUACUAAGGAAGUCACAGGAAUAGUAAUGAGUCUUUGUAUGUAUUAUCGACAGGAAUUAUUAUAUAGGUGUCUAGAAAUUUCUGCUGGUUUUGAGAGUGGGCAUGUGGGUGUUUUUGCACUUUCUCAAGAUUCUCAAUUAUGGGAAAUUAAGCAUUUCUUCAAAAUACAUACGCAACCUGUCAUGUCGAUUCAUUCUGAUCCAUUACAUGAAUUUCUUAUUUCAUCAGGUGCAGAUUCACUUGUUGUAAAAUAUUCUCUUAGUUCAAAUUCGGAUAACAAUGUAUUAAAAUUUAAAACAAGGCAUAAUGGACAACAAUCUCUUAGAAUUCGUUCCGAUGCUAAAAUAUUUGCAACAGCUGGAUGGGAUGGAAAAGUUCGAAUUUAUUCCUGUAAAACUUUUUCUCAGUUAGCUGUCUGCAAAUGGCAUGAGAUUGGAUGUUGCGCGAUAGCCUUUGGAGAAGUGAUAUCAGAAUAUCAUAAUAAUCUGGAAUUAUUUGGAAAAAGCAGAUAUUCAGAACGAUUAAAAAAACAUUGGUUAGCAGCUGGCGGGAAAGACGGAAAAGUAUCAUUAUGGGAAAUAUAUUAAUGUUAAAAUUCUGCGCUUUAUAUUGUACAAUACGUAUGGGUGGAUAUUUUUAUAUUUAUCUAUAUAUAUAUUAUAUGUAGAGACAUUUUUAUUAAGAAAAUUAAGUUUUUUUUUUAAAAAAAAUUCUUUUAGGAUCAUUUUCUGUAUGAUUUGAUUGAAAAACCGAUAUAUCUGAAAGGUAGUCUUUUUUAGAGUAAUAUCUUUGUAUAAAGUUAUCUGUAUUAUUGCAAUAAAGAUGUUGAAAGAUUUUUUUGGCCAUUAUUGAUGACGAAUCUAUCCAGAUGAGAUUUAUCCAUGGCUCACUUUCAAUAGAACGAAGAAUAUGAGUUGUAGAAAGUGCUAAUGUUUCUGAAGAUUCUGAAGACUUUGCGGAAGUUUGUAUUGCUCUAGUAGACAUAUUAGAAGCUGGAUGAAAUUCGGUCAUAGAAGUCUCUUUAAUAGUAGAGAAAUUAUUUAGAUGUUUAAAACUCGGUCUAAGCUGAAGAGUAUAAUUUACAGGUGAAAGAUGAAGUUCAUCUAUUAUAGAUAUUUAGUUAUCAUUUAUAACUGUAAAAAAAAUAAAAACCUCCACGAAUAAUUCCAACCAUAUAAUAAUUACG